AAGUGCAAAGUUAAAGCGCCUGUCUGCGUUCUCACGAUGUAAGGAGAUGGGCCUACCUCUUCAACCCUUUGCCCAGACAGGGAAGGAACCCGUACUGGUCACUGAAGAGGCAGAGACAGAUGUUCAAUCCAGUCAUCCUCUUCCCCAGCUGCGUCAGAAAAUUAUGGCUCCCUCUUUCCUGCACCCCUGGUCAUCUCUUAGGUUCUAGACUUCAGUUUGCAAGAUGCUGGUGGCAACCUGGACUGUGUCUAAAAAAAAGACUCCCAGGACCACAAGACCAAAGCGAAAACCUAUAAAAAAGAUUGCUAUCUUUGGAGGAACUCAUGGGAAUGAGCUAACGGGAGUAUUUCUAGUUAAGCACUGGCUGGAGAAUGACGCUGAGAUUCAGAGAACAGGGCUGGAAGUAAAACCAUUUAUUACCAACCCGAGAGCAGUGAAGAAGUGUACCAGAUACAUCGACUGUGAUCUGAAUCGUGUUUGUGACCUUGAAAAUCUUGGCAAAGAGAUGUCAGAGGACUUGCCAUAUGAAGUGAAAAGGGCUCAAGAAAUAAAUCAUUUAUUUGGUCCAAAAAAUAGUGAAGAUUCCUAUGACAUCAUUUUUGACCUUCACAACACAACUUCUAACAUGGGGUGCACCCUUAUUCUUGAAGAUUCCAGGAAUGACUUUUUAAUUCAGAUGUAUCAUUAUAUUAAGACUUCUUUGGCUCCAUUACCCUGCUAUGUUUAUCUCAUUGAGCAUCCUUCCCUGAAAUACACAACCAUUUCUUCUGUAGCCAAGUAUCCUGUUGGUAUAGAAGUUGGUCCCCAACCCCAGGGUGUUCUGCGAGCUGAUAUUUUGGAUCAAAUGAGAAAAAUGAUUAAACAUGCUCUUGAUUUUAUAUAUCAGUUCAAUGAAGGAAAAGAAUUUCCUCCCUGUGCUAUUGAGGUCUAUAAAGUAGUGGAGAAGGUUGAUUAUCCCAGGAAUGAAAGUGGAGAAAUAACUGCUGUUAUCCAUCCUAAUCUGCAGGAUCAAGACUGGAAACCAUUGCACCCUGGGGACCCCAUGUUUGUGACUCUUGACGGAAAGACUAUCCUGUUGGGCGGAGACUGUACUGUGUACCCUGUGUUUGUGAACGAGGCUGCUUAUUAUGAAAAGAAAGAAGCUUUCGCAAAGACAACAAAACUCACUCUCAAUGCAAAAAGUAUUCGCUCUUCUUUCCACUAGAAAUCAGUGCUAGCUUACUUUUUGUGGGGCAUUUUGAAAACAGACCAGUCUGUACGCUCCUCAAGAACAGAGUUGUGCCUUAUUCAAGUUCACAUUCAUAGCACCUGACCCAGUCCCCAAGCAGUUGGCACACACCAGUGUCUUAAAGAAAAGAAUAAAUUAAUGAAUGUCUUUUAAAA